ACAAAAGAAGGCUAAAGCAAAAGAAAAAAAGCCUUUCCUCAGCUGUGCUGUGCUUUCUUCAGCAAUGGCAUCUGAGGCCAUUACUGUAAUUUGGGUGGACACCACUAAUCCUGCAUACAGAUAUUGGACUUUGUCAUGUUUGGGCUGUAAAUAAUACAAUUGCAGAGUUUCUUGUUUCAUUUAUGUUACAUUACUGUGCUGUUUAUCAGAUACGUUUAAUACCAUCUUUUCAAUGUUUGCUAGACUUUGAUUUCAUUAUCGCAGAUGCCAGAUUGAAGGGGCCAGGACCUACAUUAUGUAGCAGCCCAAACCAUGGAGUAAAUGAUGCUAAAUAUCAUUACAUGGCUGCUGAAGAAUGUCUCAAUCAACUUAAUGAUAAGCUGAUGAAAGUCUAUGGGGACACCUAUUCUGCCUUCCAUGAAACAGACAGUAACCGUAACAGUAUCAUCAACAUGCCUGGCUUUCAGCUAUUCUCGGAAAGCUUUCUGCUUCAUCUUGGAGGAGAGGAAUUUUUGUGCCUACUUGGUUUGUUGGGAAUGAACCUUACCUCCAUGUUAAAUUACCAAGAAUUCUGUCAACUGUUCCACACCCAAGAAACUAAGGAGAUGAUAACGGAUGCAGAGCUAGCUUGUGAUCACGCUCAUUACUACCUUGUUAUCAAAGCAAGAACCAGAUGGCAUGACCUAGCAAGGAAUUUUCAGGAAUUUGACAGUGAAGGAAAUGGCACGAUACAGCCAAGAGACUUGAAGAAAGUCUUGUUCAGAUUUGGCAUUCCAAUCACCCCGGAAGAAUUUAAGCAGCUUUGGGCAAGGUAUGAUACAGAUGCAAAAGGAUAUCUUACUCACCAAGAAUUUUUACAGAAACUGGGGAUAGAGUUUGCACCCACUGACACAGGGCUCAGCAAACACAUCACGGAAGACAGAUACGCACAUUUACAAAUGCAUUAUAAUAAUCAACAAAAGAAACAUUCAAAGCUGGAAGAGCAGCAGAAACAGCAAACUAAAGCUCUGCAUGCAAGAGAAAUUAAAAAGCAGAUCAAGAUCCCAAAUAGGCUGAAGGAAUCGAGGGCAAAACUCUCUUUUCAGUACCACAACUCUCCCACCUGCAUUGCAGAUGAAAUCCACCCACAUGGUGGCUGUGAAGGCAGCGAUCCAGCCAAGUGUCAGCCUUCAACUCCAGGACCACGUAGGUCAGCUGAGAUGCAGGAAGCCCAGGUGGGCAUGGUGCCCAGCUACCGUAAAGGUCAGCGGAAGGAGAUCUGCUCUUGGUCAGGAAAACGGACGCAGCGACUGCAAAACCUGACCUUGGUGAUCCACGUGGGUCUCAGCCUCCACUCUCAAUGA